ACAGUUUUAUGUGUGUUUCUCCGUUUUCUCUGUUCAGAAGCGUUUCGUUUUAUGGAAAAUAGUUCAAAAGAUUUUUAAACAAGUAUUAUCGUCGCACUAUAACCUGUCAAUUAUUUGGUGAUUUACGAUAGCAUUUAAAAAAAAAAUGACGGGAGCACCAAAAGAGCACCCGACCCCAGAAAUUGCCCAGUUUAUACACGAUGUCAGAUUGGGCAAAAUUACCGGCUCUCACAAACUUACCUCCAAAAUUAUGACUAUUUUGAAGAAUUUCAUAUCUAAAACAGAGUGGACCACUGCUGAACAACUGAUGACCCGGAUCCGUCAUCAAGGACGACUGUUGGUGGCAGCGCUUCCUCAAGAUAUCGUCAUUGCCAACACGGUACGCAGGAUAUUGAAAAUUGUUCGGGAAGAGUAUGAUUCGGCCCAACUGCGGGUGCAUAUUGACGACGCACAGACCUCCCUCUCACUGCACAAAUUGGUCACGCAAACGAGCGAACAGAAGCGAUGGGACUACUCGAAGCCUCAGGAUGGAUUGAAGGAUGCACUGCUGGAGCACUUGAGUGAGAUCGAAACGGAGCUGGAAACAUGUUCGGAUAAUCUUACCUCGCAGGCAACGGAACACAUUCACUCGGCGGAACUGAUUAUGACCAUCGGGCAUUCGAGAUCGGUGGAAAAGUUUCUGAAAAAAGCGGCCGAAAAUCGUACCAUUGAGGUGAUUGUGGCGGAAUGUGCUCCGGUCUGCAAGGGACACCAGUUGGCGGUCAGUUUGGGCAAGGCAAAAAUCCAGACGACGGUCAUUCCCGAUUCGGCCAUUUUCGCAAUGAUGUCCCGCGUGAACAAGGUGAUUAUUGGCACGCAUAGUGUACUGGCUAACGGUGGGUUGCGGGCGAUUUGCGGUGCCUACUCGUUGGCGUUGGCUGCGAAACACUACUCGGUACCGGUGAUUGUUCUGGCUCCGACCUACAAAUUGACGCCCGUACAUCUUUCCAACUACAAUCAGGAUGAUUUCAACAUUUUAGCCAACCCCGAAGCCGUUAUUCCGUACAGCUCGCCGGCGGCUCGGUUCGCUAAGGCGUACAAUCCCGUGUUUGACUAUGUGCCGCCGGAGUUGGUGACGCUGUUUAUUACGAACACGGGAGGUAAUGCUCCGUCCUACGUCUACCGAUUGCUGAGUGAACUAUACCAUCCAGAUGAUAACGAACUGUAAAUUAUCAGUCCUAAACGACAGGAAUAUGAUUAGGAAAUUUAUUAAAUUGUUUUUUCUUUCUCUGCUAG